AUGAAAAAAAGUGACAUUAUAGCUCGAGUUCUGUCGACAAUAGAUGCAAAUACUGAGAAACCGGAAAAAUUCUUAGGGGUUCAAGAUGAUGUCGAGUUGGAAUUACGAAAAAAUCUUAAAAUUUUGUAUGAUUUUACGAGAGAAAAAACAAUUGAGCAUACAAUUAUAAAUAAUUCAAACAAUUGUGAUUACACAUUGCCCAAACUCGUAAUCGAAGAUGUUGAUCAAGAAAAUAUUUGGCAACAAUUGGAAUUACAAAACGAAUCAGUUAUUCAAAAUUUAAUCGUAGAAAUUUGUAAUAUAACAGCGAAAAAUAAUUUAUUAAAAUUAUCAGGUACGAAGCAAAGAAAUAACGUUAAUGACGAUGAUGAACAUGAUAAUAAUAAAGAGGAAAACAUUUCUCAUUGUGAUGAAAACCCUUCUGACGAUAAUGAACCACUGGAUUCAAACAAUCAAAUUGAAAUUAAAUUACCAAAUAAUGAAAAAACAAAAACAUCUAAACGAAAACGCGUAAAAAAUAAACCAUCUAUUGUUGAUGAUAAGUUUUUUAAAUUAAGUGAGCUGGAUAAAUUUCUUAAUCAUGAAGAUAAAAAAGAAUUUACUAAAAAAUCAGAUUCAAAUUCAGAUCAUGACUCUGAUGAAGAAUUUAUUGAUUUAUUUAACAAUUAUCCUAGUGAAGAUGAGGAUGAUGAUGAUGAUGAUGCCAAGGAUAUCAAGUAUGCAGAUUUUUUCGACAGUCCAGAAAGCGAAGAUGAUGAUAAUGAUAGUACUCAAAAUAAAAUAACCUCGAAUGAUGGUAAUGACUCUGACAAUAGUAAUGACAGUAUUGAUGAUUGUAAUGAAGAUGUUGAAUAUCAAAUUAAUAACGAUGAAAAUCAUUUUAAAAGUGAAAAAAGAAAAAUAACUAAAAAAGUUGAUGGUAAAAAUAAACGUGUCAAAUUUAGCAUGGAUGCAAAUACUGAUGAUGAUGAUGAUGAUGAUGAUGGUGGUGAUGGUGAUAAUAAUUCACGUAUGACAGACGAAGAUAUGGAAACAGAUAUAAAAUCAUCACUUGAUUUACGUACUGAAAGAGCUGAGAAAAAAAUAGCUAAACUCGAAACAGAAAAUAUCAAAGAAAAAACAUGGUCGUUAAAGGGUGAAACAAAAGGCGACGAUCGCCCAACUGAUGCGUUACUUGAGGAUUAUCUUGAUUAUGAUGUUGGAUCAAGACCAGCUCCGGUAAUGACAGAAACAACAAAUUUUAAGCUAGAAGACAUAAUAAAACAGCGAAUUAAAGAUAACGCUUGGGAUGACGUUCAGAGAAAAAUAAAACCGGUUGAAACUCCAACCGAGUAUAAGAAAAAAUUGGUUAUGGAUCAAGAAAAGAGUAAAAAAAGUUUAGCUGAGAUUUAUGAAGAUUCUUAUUUAAAACAAAAGCAAUCAAUUGCUCCUGAUAAUUCAGAGCAUCAGGAUGAUGAAUACAUAAAAUUCGGUGACGAAUUAAUAAAAUUAGAUGUUAUUCGUGAGGAUUUAAAGUGCUUGUUUCGACAAUUGGACGCUUUAUCAAACAAUCACUGCACUCCAAAACAGGCUCAACCAGAUCUUAAAAUUAUCAGCAAUGUACCUGCCAUAAAUAUGGAAGAAGUAGCUCCAGUAGCAACUGCUGAUGCAACUCUUUUGGCCCCUGAAGAAGUUCAAGCGAAAAAUCGUGGGGAUCCGAAAGGAAAAUCUGAGCUAACUACAGCUGAUCAAAAUAGAAACAGAAAGCUGAAAAAGAAAGCUCAAAAAUUGAGGCGAAUAAAUAUGGAAGCAAAAGAAAAAAAAUUAAUUCAAAAUAAUAAAAAAAGCAAAUCAGUUGAUAACUUGCUGAUUAAAAAGCUGACUGCUGAUCGCAAUAUUAAAAUAAUGAAAUGA